CACACAAGGCGCUCCAGGGGCACCGGUGGGGUGGCUUCUUUACGAGAGCAACCACACCACGGCGGAAGAGGAGGAAGGUUGCUCCGGUUAUCCCGCGGCUGCCCAUAAAUCCGCCAACCGCUGUGCAGACACCAAUGCAACCCCCGUGAUUCGAUUUCCCACCUUCUGUCCAGCGUCACUUGCCCCAAGCAAUUCCAGACAUGGUUAGCGAGAGCUCCGGCGAUGAAGACGGGCAACAGCACCAGCAGCAGCGAGGGCUUUCACCCGUGGACGGGGGUCUGCAGCGCCCACCGAACCUCCCCGCGCCCAUCCCUUUCCGUUUUCCCAGCACACCGGGUGGAUCCCUGGUGCUUGAACCCCCGCCACCACCACCAGUUCAACGACCCCGCCCGCAAACACAUGCCGGCACCAAGGUUUCCCUUCACCAAGUCAUCCAUAAUCAGAAUCAAGCUCAAAGGGAGCGCCUGACAACAUUCAUCGGCAAUGUUCAGUCCCUGCGCGCCACACGACCUUCUUUCUCAAGCACUACCUUGCACAUCAGUGUGAUGUUUGAGCUGCUCAACAAUCCAGGCUACAACGGCAAUCCGGUGAUCGCGCGAGAGUUGCAUCCAUGGGUUCAAGACUACUGUGAUGUUCACGGAUUCGCCCCCAUCCGCAUGCGCAAGUCGCACUGCAUCCCCUUAGAGCUGGAGUCAACCGAGCGCAGCGGCAACACUAUUAUCAGCGGCCUUGCGGUGGACGUAAUGCCAUAUUUAGGUGCCUAUUGUGAGCUCUCACGCCUCUAUGAGCGCCUUGGAAUGCGGCUGUUUUUCGCUAUCCCGCUGCGCAAAUCUCGAAUCCAGUCAUCUGUUCGGAUCGACACAAAGAUCCUAACCACUCAUAUCCUGGCCUUGGGCCACCAUCGCAUGGGGAAAUUCACCGAUGAACGCAAGCAGGAGAUGCGGGGGCAGUUUCUCAAUGUGAAUGACAAGGUCUGCAAGCAUCGAAAGAAGCUUGGUCUCAAAUUUGAUGGGUCAAUCAGCACAAACGGGUAUUCCGCUACCAUCCACUUCAAGAAGCCAGGGCUCAAGGAGGCUCCAAACAUCGUCAGCAUUGAUCCGGGCAAGCGUGACCUCUUGUUCUGUCAAGACAUCAAGAAGGAGCGGCCAUUUCGAUACGCAUCCAAUCAACGGGCGGUCGAGACAAAGUCUCAGUACUUUCAAAGAGACAUGAGAGAGCAAAAGAUCAAUGCCGGCAUCGCUGAGAUGGAAUCACAUAUUCCAUCGCACAAGAGCAUGAACAUCAAGGCGUUCUCAGCGUUCAUUGUGGGUUACGAACAUGCGGAUCCCGCCCUGGAUGAGUUUUACCAGGAUGAGAUUCACGUAGCUCGCAGAUUCAAGGCGUUCUCACUGCGGCAAAAGUCUGAGAGCAAGGUCAUUAAGAACAUGCGACGCCGGUAUGGAAAGCAUUUUUCGGUCAUCUUGGGUGAUUGGAGCGAUGCCGGGAAAACAAUGCGCUUUCAGGAGUCAUCGAAGACCAAGGGAUUCCGCACACUCUUUGCGAGAAACGGCAUUCCAUGCUACUUGCUGGAUGAGUAUCGAACGUCGUCCGUGUGCCCUGACUGCCACGGCCGUGUGAAGAAAAACAUCCGACGUCGGCUGUUGUCUCGGCCGUGGCAAGCUAGAAAGGGAAGAAUGGAAUACGUCCAUGGAUUGGUGGUUUGCCCCAACCCCGAAUGUAUCAACCAAGACUGGACGCCAUUUGGGAUUCCUGGAAGACGACCACUACGGAUGAAAGUGCACAAUCAGGAUGUCCUAAGCACCAAGUAUUUUCUCUUGAUUGCAACUUGUAUCCCAGAUCCCACGGCCAACUCCCAGGCCAACUCCCAGGCCAACUCCCAGGCCAACUCCGCUGCGUUGCUCCCCUAG